AUGGAGGUACCUCGGAGCCAUCUGCGCUUCCGAGGCAGCGCUGGCCUCUGUUUGGUCGGACUGGAUCCACGAGAGUGGGAUAAGUUCAAGAAAGAAGAAGGCAAAACGAACGCAUCGAAGGGUCAUGUCAAGUUCCGCACGCCCAAACCGAAAAAAAAAGGCCAAAAGUGGAGAAAGGGUCCUUCCUCGCUGCAUGCUCACAAGCUCAACUCCCUUCUCAAUGUACCACCAUCUUUCACUUCCUUGUCUUUCCUCCGCUCACUCUGCUACCGAGCGAAUGUCAUCACAGCUCCACAGAACCAUCCGCUACCUAACCCACUCGCCUCUCACCCUCCGCACAAUGUCGACCACACCAACACCAGCACCACCACGACCACCAACAUCAACAACCGAAACACCCUCGUCCUCCACCCCCCCACCACCUCUCGUGAUGCAACUCAUCAUCGACCCCUCCAACCCCACCACCUCAACCUGGCCAAAAGGGCCCUGGAUGGCGCAAUCCGCCCACGCAGCUAUCUGCGCCAUCCAGACGUCGCUCGACUCGCCGCUGACGCAAGAGUACAUCUCCCCGACCAACUUGGGCGCGAUGCACAAGGUGGUGCUCCAAACGCCUUCCUCCGGGAAAGCCAAGAUGACGCUCGUGGAGCUAUCGCAGAAGCUGGGCGAGGCGAGGAGGGAGUUCGAGGAAGGAGAAGGAGAAGAGGAGGAGUUUCCGAGGCAUCAUUUGUGGGUGGAACAGCCGGAGAAUGUGGCGACUUGUUUGGCGGUGGCCCCAAAUAG